GGGACUCCCAAAGGGUAUACAAUUCAAGACAGCAAUCCAUCAAGUUUUGGGGUUACAAAGUGACCAUGACACUCAAGUGAUGUGUUACUGGGAGACCGGAUGUGUGAAGCCCCCGUGAUGAAGGGGAACUAGGAGAUCAAGGCUUUAGGACAGCUGGUUUCUCAUUCCAGUUCUGUCAGCAAUUGUUCUGGAGUCUUCUACAUAUCUCUUCACAGAUCUCUAGUUUCUCUAGGCUGGAAGGGAGCACUGACAUUGCUGAGGCCCAGAGAGUUUAGAUGACACUUUAGGGUUACCCAGUGAGUUGGGUUCAAGGCAGGACUGGACCUUGGAUCUUCGUUGCUCAGUCACGUAGCCAGCUUGAGCCAGAGUGAGCGCUCUGCUAGGCACCAAGUAUACGAACGUGAAGAGACCAUCCCCAGGACACUUGCAGCUGUCGCAGCCAAGUAUUGAUGGCCCAACACACUAAGCUCUACCUUGGAGCCAUAUACGAAGUCCCAGAUGGUGACAAUAACAACUACCAUUUAUCAAGCAUUUGUAUGCAUGUGUAUGCUAGGCAGUGUGUGAAGGCCUUUAAGCACAGUAUUUUUUAUUUACCCCUCGCGAUAGCCCUAGGAGGUGAGGAAGAAUAGUAAAGGAUUGAAAUGUGAAAAUAGAGACAGGUCAUGGAGGGCUUUGCAUCUCAUACUACAUGUAUGAAGUCCCUUCUGUGGGCACAGCGCUGGGCCAGGACUGCAAAGUGACCAUCCUGGAGGAGCUUGCAGCCUGGUUCCAGAGAGGCACGGUAGGGUGGAUGGUGCUUGCCAUUCACCCCCACCUCCUUCCCCUGCUUCUCCAGCAGUUGCAGAGUGGGGUCCAUCACAGGGACAGACCAGAGUCAUAGACAUACCAAAAUUUCUACCUCUAAAUUCAAUUUUUCUUUCUUCUCCACUUAAAUCUAUACUUCCGCCCAUCUAUUAAAACUUAUGCCCUCAAUUUAUAAAUGAUAGUAAGGCCUUCUCUGAAUUCAUUCAUUUAUUUUUCAUCAACAAAUGUUUAUUGAGCUUCUACAAGGCACUUGGGUACUCAAGACCAGACAGAUUUGUUUUUACAAUCGUAUUAGUCAUUUCCAGUCUCUUAGCAAAGAAUUUGUUGUUCAACUGUUAGCAAUUUUCUAUUGUUAAUAUGCUGGAACGGCAGCUCAUGGAUGUUGGAGAUUGACCUAUACGUAGAAUUCCAAAUGGGUAUAUAGGAAAGCCAUUUAAAAAGUCUUAAUAUCUUUAGAAAGGAAUUUCACACUUCUCUUUAAAAUUUUGAUUUUGUCAUUCUUGUUACCUGCUUAUAGAGGCCUUUUUAUUUGUACCUUUAACUCAGAAUCCAAGAAAAAGCAGUUUGGCAAGGGGGUUUUGUUUGAUUUGAAACGUUCUCUUCUCUUAGCUUUGUAGGCCACAGAAGACUGUGGGUAUUCAAAAGUAAAGUAAUUUAAGAAAUAUGUUUGUUUAAUUUAUAAGGUAGAAAAUUAGAGAUAGCUCUAAGAAUUGCAAUAAGCCACAGAAAUCAAAUCGCAAGACUUGAAUGCUACCUGUAACAACUUAAUCCCCAAAUAAAACAAAUGAGAUGUUGAAUGUGAACAUGCUUUGUAAACUUUAAGGUGUUCUAUGAAUGCUGUACAGCAAUCUACUACAAGUAUGACUGUGCUAGAGAGAAUGGAGAAUUCAACUGCCACAAAAAUCUGGUCUCUUCGCUCUCAGACUCUGUUGAGGAAAGAAGAUAUGCAGAAAUAACCAUGUGAUAAAUGCAAAAAGAAGAUAUUUUGGUAAUUUGAGGAGGAAGGGGUCCCUUUUAUCCCUAGCAGUCAAGAGGCUCUUGAGAAAAAGCAUCUAAGCAAGUCCUUGAAUGAUGUGGCAUUUCAAUAAAAGAAUGGGGAAGAGGCAUUUGAAAUAGAAGGACUAGUAGGAGAUGGAGAAACAUGGAUCAUAUUCAGGGAAAAGGGUCAAGUCCAAUUGAGUUAGAACUGGUCUAUAUACAGGCAUCAAAACUGUAGAACAUUCGGUGCCAAAUGAUACAGUCUUGAAUGCCAAUUAGGAAAUGUGACUGCAUUAACCAAUAGGUGUCAUUAAAGAUACUUGAACAGGGGAGUGUUUUGGUUGUGCUUCAGGACCAGGCUCUUGUGAGUAGCUUGGGGGAGAUCAGGAGGAGAGGCAGGGCAGAAACUAGAGACCAGAAGGCCAGUUAAGCUGCUAUGACCCACCAGGGAAAAAGAGGGGCAGGAAAGGCCUGAAAUGGUUGAUAACAAUGAAAUGGGAAAGGAACAGAUGCAGAGGAAAGAACUGACAGAAUCUGAUGUGUCAGUGGAGAAGGAACAGCUAAAGCUGACACUGCGAUUCCAGAGCAGUACUACCCAUGGAAGAAACUCAGAAGGAGAUGACAGUCAUGUCCCUUUCCAGGGACCUCAAGGACGACUUUCACAGUGACACGGUGCUCUCCAUCUUAAAUGAGCAGCGCAUUCGGGGCAUUUUAUGCGAUGUCACUAUCAUUGUGGAAGAUACCAAAUUUAAAGCCCACAGCAAUGUUCUGGCAGCUUCAAGCCUGUAUUUUAAAAAUAUCUUUUGGAGCCAUACAAUCUGUAUUUCCAGCCACGUCCUGGAGCUGGACGAUCUCAAAGCUGAAGUGUUUACCGAAAUACUUAAUUAUAUCUACAGUUCCACAGUCGUUGUCAAGAGACAGGAAACAGUCACUGAUCUUGCAGCUGCAGGAAAAAAGCUGGGAAUAUCAUUCUUGGAAGACCUUACCGAUCGCAACUUCUCAAACUCCCCGAGUCCCUAUGUAUUCUGUAUUACUGAAAAGGGAGUGGUUAAAGAAGAAAAACAUGAAAAAAGGCAUGAAGAACCAGCCAUCACUAAUGGGCCAAGGAUCACAAAUGCAUUUUCCAUCAUCGAAACAGAAAAUAGUAAUAACAUGUUUUCCCCGCUGGACUUGAGGGCAAGUUUCAAAAAGGUCUCUGACUCCAUGAGAACAGCUAGCCUUUGCCUGGAGAGGACGGACGUCUGCCACGAGGCAGAGCCUGUUCGCACACUCGCUGAGCACUCAUACGCUGUUUCUUCCGUAGCUGAGGCUUACAGAAGUCAGCCUGUAUGUGAACAUGAUGGCAGUUCACCUGGUAACACAGGGAAAGAAAAUUGCGAAACCCUUGCAGCAAAACCGAAAACAUGUCGGAAGCCAAAGACAUUCUCCAUACCACAGGAUUCUGAUUCAGCCACAGAAAAUAUACCACCCCCUCCAGUAUCCAACUUAGAGGUUAAUCAAGAAAGAAGUCCACAGCCAGCUGCCGUUCUUGCUCGUUCAAAAUCUCCAAACAAUGAAGGAGAUGUCCAUUUUUCCAGGGAAGAUGAAAAUCAGCCUUCUGAUGUUCCCGGGCCGCCGGCAGCAGAGGUUCCACCUCUGGUGUACAAUUGUAGCUGCUGUUCCAAAGCCUUUGACAGCAGCACUCUGCUCAGUGCCCACAUGCAGCUUCACAAGCCGACCCAGGAGCCUUUAGUGUGCAAGUAUUGCAACAAACAGUUCACCACCCUGAACAGGUUGGAUCGGCAUGAACAGAUCUGCAUGAGGUCAAGCCACAUGCCCAUUCCUGGAGGAAACCAACGCUUUUUAGAAAACUAUCCUACCAUUGGACAAAAUGGAGGUUCAUUCACAGGUCCAGAACCUUUAUUAUCUGAAAAUAGGAUUGGUGAAUUUUCCAGUACCGGAAGUACUUUGCCAGACACGGACCACAUGGUUAAAUUUGUUAAUGGGCAAAUGCUCUAUAGUUGUGUUGUGUGCAAACGUAGUUAUGUGACCUUAUCUAGCCUCCGAAGACAUGCAAAUGUUCACUCCUGGAGAAGAACAUAUCCUUGCCAUUACUGCAACAAAGUAUUUGCAUUGGCUGAGUACAGGACAAGGCAUGAAAUUUGGCAUACGGGAGAAAGACGAUAUCAGUGCAUUUUCUGUCUUGAAACUUUCAUGACCUACUACAUACUCAAAAAUCAUCAGAAGUCUUUCCAUGCCAUCGAUCAUAGACUUUCCAUCAGUAAAAAAACAGCAAAUGGAGGCUUGAAGCCUAGUGUCUAUCCAUAUAAACUUUAUAGACUACUGCCUAUGAAAUGCAAAAGAGCCCCUUAUAAGAGCUACCGAAAUUCUUCUUACGAAAAUGCACGAGAAAACAGUCAAAUGAAUGAGUCUGCACCUGGUACCUAUGUUGUUCAGAAUCCACACAGCUCUGAAUUACCUACGCUGAAUUUCCAAGAUACUGUAAACACCCUGACCAACAGUCCAGCCAUCCCAUUGGAAACAUCUGCAUGUCAGGACAUACCCACUUCUGCCAAUGUACAAAAUGCAGAGGGCACCAAAUGGGGAGAGGAGGCGUUGAAAAUUGAUCUUGACAAUAACUUUUAUUCAGCUGAGGUGUCAGUUUCUUCCACUGAAAAUGCUGUCAGUUCUGACCUCCGGGCAGGGGAUGUACCUGUUUUAUCUUUGAGUAAUAGCAGUGAGAAUGCCGCCUCUGUGAUCAGCUACAGUGGCUCUGCACCCUCGGUCAUUGUACACAGCAGCCAGUUUUCAUCGGUGAUCAUGCACAGCAAUGCCAUUGCUGCCAUGACCAGCAGCAACCACAGAGCCUUUUCAGACCCAGCUGUCAGUCAGUCCCUGAAAGAUGACAGUAAGCCUGAGCCAGAUAAAGUGGGUAGGUUUGCAAGCAGACCCAAAAGCAUUAAGGAGAAAAAGAAAACGACAUCACAUACCAGGGGAGAAAUACCGGAGGAGUCAAAAUACGUUGCUGAUCCUGGAGGAUCAUUGAGCAAAACCACAAAUAUUACUGAAGAAACCAGUAAAAUUGAAACCUACAUUGCAAAACCUGCUCUGCCGGGAACCUCCACAAAUAGUAACGUUGCACCCCUUUGCCAAAUAACAGUGAAAAUUGGAAACGAAGCCAUUGUGAAAAGGCAUAUCCUAGGAUCUAAAUUGUUUUAUAAAAGAGGGAGAAGACCCAAGUAUCAGAUGCAGGAGGAGCCUUUGCCACAGGGGAAUGACCCGGAACCCAGUGGAGACAGCCCACUCGGGCUUUGCCAAUCCGAGUGCAUGGAGAUGAGUGAAGUGUUCGAUGACGCAAGUGACCAGGAUUCCACUGACAAACCGUGGCGCCCUUACUACAACUACAAACCCAAAAAGAAAUCCAGACAGUUGAGAAAAAUGAGGAAAGUCAACUGGAGGAAGGAGCAUGGAAACAGGAGCCCGAGCCAUAAAUGUAAAUACCCAGCAGAACUGGAUUGUGCCGUGGGGAAGGCUCCUCAGGAUAAACCCUUUGAGGAAGAAGAAACUAAAGAGAUGCCCAAGCUGCAGUGUGAACUCUGUGACGGAGACAAAGCGGGGGCUGGAAACCAAGGAAGGCCCCACCGACAUCUUACUUCUCGGCCAUACACCUGUGAGCUGUGCGCCAAGCAGUUCCAGAGCCCUUCCACACUCAAAAUGCACAUGAGAUGUCACACCGGGGAGAAGCCAUACCAGUGCAAGACCUGCGGACGGUGCUUUUCGGUGCAAGGAAACUUACAGAAACACGAACGCAUCCACCUGGGCUUGAAGGAGUUUGUCUGUCAGUAUUGCAACAAGGCGUUCACCUUGAAUGAGACCCUCAAAAUCCAUGAAAGAAUCCAUACUGGAGAAAAGCGUUACCACUGUCAGUUCUGCUUUCAGAGAUUUUUGUAUCUCUCCACCAAAAGGAAUCAUGAGCAGAGGCAUAUUCGGGAGCAUAAUGGGAAGGGCUAUGCCUGCUUCCAGUGUCCCAAAAUUUGCAAAACAGCUGCUGCCCUUGGAAUGCACCAAAAGAAACACUUAUUCAAAAGCCCAAGUCAGCAGGAGAAAAUAGGUGACAUGUGCCACGAAAACUCAAAUCCCUUGGAGAAUCAACAUUUCCUUGAUUCAGAAGACAAUGACCAAAAGGAUAACAUACAAACCGGUGUGGAAAAUGUCCUUUGAGUGGCAAGAGUUAGAAAAAUCUUCAAAAAUAUAGUUGGUGGUUUUUUUUUUUUUAGUUAUGAUUUAAGUUUAGUUUAAUUUUAUUCACGUAACAGUCAUGAAGGAGUGAAAUUUAAAAACAAAACAAAAAAAACACUCAUUUGUGAAAAUCCCAGAAAAAGGAUCCUAAUAUCUACUUUGGGUUUUAGCAUUAACUUUAUGCAAAGUGCACAAAAACAAAAUAGCUGACUCCUCCAGUAUCCCAAGUUUCUUGUGAAAGUUAAUGAAGUUCUUAGCUGUGGUAUUUCUACCAGUGAAAAAAGGAGUUUAAUUUUAGCCUAGUUUGAAACUUUCUAAUAAUUGCUAAUAGGAACUGGCUGCUGAACUGUCUUUAGUCACUGGAGAAAAUGAAGAUGGCAUCUUCGUAAAUACGUUACGUGGUAAUGAGCUGUGUGACGGUCUUUAUUCCCAUCUGGCUUCUGCACUAUUAAAAUUUGUUUAAAUUAAUGGAUACACAUGAAAUACUUAAACAAUAUAACUGAAAUUAUGUGCAUAAUGAGUAACCUAAAGUAGGACAUUCAUACAUGAUGUAGAACUACUUUUCUGCAACACAAACCUUGUAAAAUACAUAUAUAAAUCACUAUAACUUUUAACUGUCCAUAUCCCCUGUAGAGAAUUAUGAGGAGCAGUAGAUCUGCAAAUAAUGAGGACUGAUGUAAAAAUCAGUAGAAAGCAUUUUGAAUAUGAUUUAAGAGCAUGUGAAUGCUUUUAGAUGGAAUGCUGUUCCCUUGAAGUUAUGGCUGAGCUGUUCUUAGAACUGGUCUACUCAAUUCACAGAAAACAUAGGUCAUGCCUUAUCUAUGGGGGAACACCCUCCCAGAAUUUACCUGUGAUUACCUGUGCUGCAUAUUACUUUGCAAUGGCCUCAACUCAGAGAAUGAAAGAGGGUCACAUUCUUCUGAAACUCUCUGCAGUCUUCCAACCACCACAAGGCCAUGGAUGUGGGGGGGUCUAUUCCAGACAGACUGAAGGGUUCAAGUGGAAGCUGUCAUCUCCCAUUCCACUGAAGGACUGUCCAAGAGAUUUAGUGCAAGGUACACUGCAGUAGUGAAUUCCCAGGCACUUGAAAGUGACUGCCUAAUCCCUAGUAAUUGUAAUUACUAGCCUUCUUGGAGAUUAUGCAGCCCACAAGUACAGACUAGUAUAAAGCAAAAGGGCAAAGGAACCCCCACCCUCCACCCCACCCAUUAAUGACGAGUGGGCAAGAAGAAGUGAUGGCCUUCCUUGCCUAAAACAGUAGCUUUGUUUUUAGGGGAUGGAAAGGUAGAAUGUGGAGUGACAUGGUUCUAUCAUUUACUUAUGAGACUCAGAAAUAUAUCUACAAAGCCAGAUGCUCUGUCAUCAUAUUUGCAGACAUCUACAUCCCUUGCUAAAAACCCACUGAAGUUUUUUUAAUGUUCUUUUACACUGACCCACACCAUCAACAUUACCCUCAAAUCUAAUUGCCCUACAUCAUAUUCUGUCAUGUGGACCAGGUUCCUGGAAAGCUGGAAUGCAUGAUUCUUUUUUAAACUGCCAGAGUAGGAGGGAGAGAGAAAACAUGUCUACCCUUGGAUCACCGGUGUGAACAGAAUCCGGAAUGCAGUUUCAGCCUGACCUGCAGUCAGUUGUGUUCAUUGGAUUUGACGGAUGGAAACCCAAGGUUAUCGAAGAUUGGAAGGUUAUCAUUGUGAAGAAGUAGCUUAAAGGACUCCGGUUUCUCUCUACUAGUGUGAUGUCUCCAUGAAGAAGACUUACUGGAUUUGGGUGGGUAAGAAAGCAUUUAAACACCCAGGAAAGGACAUGAUUAAAGUUGACCUUUUAAUACUAUAGUACCUUGCUGUUAAGUAACCCCACUAUUGUAUCUGCAUUUAUCUUUUGUUCAUCUACUUUCACUUACAUACAGUAUUAUAUAAGUAGAGAAAAAUGGGAAAAUGCAAGCAAAUUCAACUUUAUUUUAUACAUUGUAUAUAUGUAUACCCUACACUAUUCAUUUGGGUUUUGUUAGAUAGUCACAAAGGGCUUAUGAAAAUCAUUUUUGAAUUGAUAAUUAGAAUAUUGAACAAGCAAUCCUGUGAUCUACUAAUUUGUUUUAUCAGUUAAUAAUAUGAAUCAAAGAUAAUUAGUGUGUACUCUAGUCAUUUUGAUUUCAGUUAACCCCAAAUAUAAAAUUACCUGUAGUGAUGUCUCUCUCCCAGCCCUUACAUGUGGAUAUUUUUUAAGUGGGACUUGUAUGCUGAUAAUUCUAGACCAAAGUAAAUAUGGCAGAAUAUUUAUACAUGAAAAAAUAAUUUUGCAAAUAUUUUCUAUAAUUGUAUUCAUUUAAAAUGUUGAUAGCUUGUGUUAGUUUCAGGGAGGGGUGUAUAUUUUGAUAAAAAAAAAUACUUGACUUUGUAAUUCUGUAUAUUCUAUACAAUUUAUAGCAGAGCCGUUUUAAGACAGCCUUGUCACUUUUUUUGUUAAUUGUGAAAAUUUUAUUGAGUGAUGUUUAAGUAUGCAUUGAGUACAUGACCAACUAGAAUUAAAGUAAGUGUAAACAGUGAACAUACUGUAUGCUGUACAAGAUAUAAUGUAACUUGCUGUUUUAGCAUCUGUAUUUUGGUUAGAAGAUAUUAUUAAAUGCAGAUGUUAAGGAUUGGAAAAGUCUAAUUUUAUUUUUAGAAAUAAUGGAUAUAAAUUUGUUUUUGCUUGAUUAAAAUAGCUUAUUCCUACAUUAAGUCUCUUUUUAAAUGUUUUAAUGUUAUUUCUUUCGUGCAGCUAUUUCAUCUGAGUCACGGCUUUGUUUCCACGUAUUAUUCAUUCCGUAUAUUUCUGUUCCCUUACGUGUUUACAUUCCGUAGUACCUACUUACAUGCUUAGGAGUCAAAUGGAUUAUGACAUUAGGAAAAAAGCAGAAUAAAAGAGAUUGAAGUCUUCUGA